CUGCUAAAAGGAGACUUCUUUACCAGAGCAGCUCAGACUUCCAGAGAGAAGUAGAAUGCUCCCUCUCUUUCUCUCUUUCUGUUUCACCGAUCUCUAGGAACGAAUAGAUUUCAAGCAUUGGAGCUGGAGGACACAGAAACCCUGGUCAAUCUUUGAUCACCUUCUCGUGUUUGGAUUAUGGUCAACAGGACCAACAGUACCAGAACCCCCCUGAUCCUGGAGGAUUACAGCCUGUUGUCCAAGUCUGGGUUAGGAUUACGUUAGGGUUAGGGUUAUCCAGGCUGGAAGAUCCACAGGUAGAAGAUCCACUGGGAAGGUGCGACCACAGAACAGCUCUCCUUCUUCUAGGAGCAUCAGAGACUGAGAGAGUCUAUUCCAAACCUGCAAACUGAGGGAGUCUUUGACAGACCUGCAAAUUGAGGGAGUAUAUUCCAGACCUGCUGAUUGAGGGAGUCUAUUCCAGACCUGCGGACUGAGGGAGGUUAUUCCAAACCUGAAGACUAAGAGAGUCUAUUCCAGACCUGCUGACUGAGGGAGUCUAUUCCAGACCUGCUGACUGAGGUAGUGUAUUCCAGACCUGGAGACUGAGAGAAUCUAUACUAUACUUGCUGACUGAGGGAGUCUAUUCCAGACCUGCUGACUGAGGUAGUGUAUUCCAGACCUGGAGACUGAGAGAAUCUAUACUAUACUUGCUGACUGAGGGAGUCUAUUCCAGACCUGCUGACUGAGGUAGUGUAUUCCAGAUCUGGAGACUGAGAGAAUCUAUACUAUACUUGCUGACUGAGGGAGUCUAUUCCCGACCUAAAGACUGAGGGAGUCUCCAGCCCAGGAGAGCAGAUCGGAUAUACAGUGUAUCUGUCGUCCUGCAAGGAUGGAGGGAGUCAGGAGAAGGUCUAUGGUCCUGGUGUCUGUCAUGGCAGCCCUGCUGCUGAGUCCUGACAAGGCUGCUGGUCUGGAGCUCUCCCCCAGCCUGACCCAGGCCAUCCUCCAGAUCAACUCCUCUUUCUCCAUCACCUGCUCUGGCUGGGGCAAAGUCACCUGGAGGGCACCAGUGGACCCCCCCCUGGAUGGGGUCCAGGUGGAGGACCAGGGCGCCACCAGCGUCCUGACCCUAGAAAACGUCACCGCAUGGCAUUCUGGGAACUACGUCUGCCAGGAAGGCAUGGAGGAGGACACCAGGGACCUGGCUAUCUUCGUACCAGACCCUGACAGAUGGUUCGUCCCAACGGCUGGGGUGGUGAUGAAGGAGGAGGAGGAAGGGACCAUUCCUUGUGUGGCGUCCGACCCGCGGGUCAGCGUGAGCCUGUACGAGCGGGCGGGCGAGGGGCCACUACCGGGCCAGUACCAGGCAAGCCGCGGGUUCAGGGCGGUUCUGAACGACACUGCCUACGUCUGCAGAGGAACCCUGGAGGGACAGGAGAGAGAGUCCCAGGUGUUCUACGUGUACAGCAUCAUAGUCCCCCAGUCAGUGAGCGUGCACCUGGCUGCGUCUCGAAGCUUGAUGAUGCAGGGAGAAGCUCUCAGUGUCAACUGCACCGCGACGGGCGCGGAGAUGGUCUUCUUUACCUGGGAACACCCUCGUAGAGAGAAAAUCGAACCGGUGACAGAGCUGAUGUCCAGGAAGAAGAUCCGGUCGUUUCUCAGCAUUCCAGAUGCCAGACUGGAGGAUUCUGGGAUAUAUAGCUGCACGGUUCAGGAGUCUGUCGAGGGACACACCGCCAAAGACAACCUGACUGUUAUGGUCGUAGAGCGGGGCUACGUGGAGCUGGAGCCGAGACAGCCCACCAGGGUAUCAGUGAUGGUGGAUGAGAGCGUGGAGAUCAGAGUACAGGUGGAGGCCUACCCCGAACCCUCCGUCACCUGGAUGAGACACAACUCCACCCUGAUCGGAGACAACGUCUCGACGAAAAUCAACAAGGUGCAUGAAACCAGGUUGCUCAGCACUCUGACCCUGGUGAGGGUGAAGGCCGGCCAGGCUGGGCUCUACACCAUCGUGGUAGCCAAUGAGGAGGAGGCCAGGAAUGUGACCUUUACCCUGCAGGUGACAGUCCCUCCCAGAAUUCUUCACCUGUCAGACGAGAGGGGGCCGGGCCAGGACAUGCUGUGUGUCACCGAGGGCGUUCCCACGCCAACUAUCAACUGGUACAGCUGCUCCAGCACUAACAGGUGCAGUGACCAGUCCACACCCUGGCAACCUCUGACCUCUGGCCCGGAGGUCGUGGUGGAGGACAACGUGACCUUCGUGGAGGAGAGAGGGCUCAGUCGGGUGGCCAGCCGGCUCACCCUAAACAACAUGGCCGCCGUCACUGCCUUGCGCUGUGAAGCUCACAACGAAGGAGGGAUUCGUGCCCGGGACAUACGCCUGGUCUCUAACUCUCUAUUCUCCCAGGUAGCAGUACUGGCUGCAGUACUGGCUCUCGUGGUCAUCGCUAUCAUCUUCCUCAUCAUCCUCAUUGCUCUGUGGAGGAAGAAGCCUCGCUAUGAGACCCGUUGGAAGGUGAUAGAAUCUGUGAGCUCGGACGGUCAUGAGUACACCUACGUUGACCCUGUGCACCUCCCCUACAACCCCGCCUGGGAGCUACCCCGAGACAGCCUCAUCCUGGGUCACACUCUGGGUUCGGGGGCUUUUGGCAGGGUGGUGGAGGCCACGGUUUAUGACCUGGGACACAACCACACCUCCACCAGGGUGGCUGUCAAGAUGCUGAAGACUACAGCCAAGAGGAGUGAGACCCAGGCUCUGGUCUCAGAGCUGAAGAUCAUGAGUCACCUGGGCCCUCACCUGAACAUCGUUAACCUACUGGGGGCCUGCACCAAGACAGGUCCCAUCUACCUGGUGACGGAGUACUGUCGUCAUGGUGACCUGGUGGACUUCCUGCAUCGUAACAGAGCGUUGUUCCUGCAGAGCCAGGCUGACCAGCAGGGGGUCAUCCUCACUGAGGAGAGCUCACCUGGAGGGGGACGCAGUGGGUCAGAUGGAGGCUACAUGGACAUGUCCAUAGAGCAGUGUCUGGAGCAUGAGGCCAUGAAGGAGCAGAGCGAUGCCAUCAAGUACGCCGACAUCGAGCCCUGCGACUACGAGACGCCCUGCCAGCACAGCAACGGUUACCAGGAACAAGCUCCAGUGCUGUCUCUCAGUGACUCCACGGGCCUCAGCCUCCCAGACCUGGUGGCCUUUGCCUUCCAGGUGGCCCAGGGCAUGGACUUCCUGUCUUCUAAAAAUUGUGUCCACAGGGAUCUGGCAGCCAGGAAUGUGCUGGUGUGUGAGGGGAAGCUGGUAAAGAUCUGUGACUUCGGACUGGCCAGGGACCUCGCCAACGACAACAACUAUGUCGCUAAGGGCAACACAUUCCUGCCAGUGAAGUGGAUGGCUCCAGAAAGCAUCUUCCACAGCCUGUACUCCAGCCUGAGUGACGUCUGGUCCUACGGCAUCCUGCUCUGGGAGAUCUUCUCUCUGGGAGGCCCUCCCUACCCAGAAAUCCCCAUGAACGAGCAGUUCUACACUGCGCUGAAGAGCGGCUACCGUAUGCCCAAGCCCGCCCACGCCUCCCAGCCCAUGUAUGAGGUGAUGUGCAGGUGCUGGGAGGAGAAAUCCGAGUCGAGGCCUGGGUUCUCCUCCCUGGUCCAGACCACUGCUGACCUACUGUCGGACUCCUACAGGGAGCGCUACAUCCAGGUCAGUGACAACUUCCUGCGCAGCGACCAUCCUGCGGUGGCGAGGACCAGACCCCGGGCGGCAGACACACAGGCUGCAGACCCCUCAGAGGGGGUGGAACUAAAGGAGGCUGGCCCCUCCCACGUUGCCUACAUCAUACCUAUACCUGACGUCACCAUCGAAACCAUAGUGGACGUGCUGGACACUCCCAAGGAGGAUUCAGACAGCCCACAGGAGUCUGGUCUCCAUGGCGAUGGAGACCCCACCACAUCUGAGCCCUUAACACCAGUGAUGCAAACCCACCCAGAGGAAGAGGAGGAGCCAAGCCAGUCUCCCUGCACUCCUGAGGAGGAAGAGAGCUUCCUCUGAGGUCACCUGAUGAAUGUCACAUGACUAUGGUCACCUAACUAAGGUCACCUGAUUAAAGAUCUCCGUGACAACCUUUGUCUGAUAAUCAUGUGACCACCACAGGAAGCGUUUUAGAAGAAUAUUUUGUGUUGGCUUUGUAUAUUGGUAUUAUAUGUAUGUCUAAGGAAUGCUGCAAAGUGGAGAAGAAUGUAUCAAUCGCUGUAUUAUUUUUCUAUAAUCUGUGUUAUACUGCAGAUGUUAGGGUGUACAAGGUUUGAGAACACCAUAACUACACACAGUAUCACCACAUCUGCAAAAGCACUGAGGAGAAGGUAGACUUCUGUACUCCUGAAGGCGAUAAAGGAGAAGGUAGACUUCUGUACUUAUGAAGACUCCUAUAGAGGAGAAGGUAGAUCAAUGUACUUCUUAAGACUCCGCAAGAGUCUGGAGGAGAAGGUAGACUUAUAUUCUGGGUCAGGGGGGAGUUUCCUGGUUAGGAGUUUCAGUCAGUUUCCCCCUCUGAGCAGCAUAAACAUGUUGACUUGGUCUGUUAUGUGUGUUAUGGUACACAGCCUAGGCACAACCUGUAACCAGCCAGAACCCUGAGUACCUCUUUGUCCUGCAAACGUUAUAUUUACAACGUUGUAUUAAUUUAGCAGACGCUAAAUUCUUUAAUGGAAGGUACAGCAGAACAUCAAGGAUCAGAAGUGUAUAGCUCUAACAUUAUUACAGCAGUAACAGUCCAGCAUACCAAAGUUGAUAUCAUGCUACCUGAUGACAAGCGUGUGUUUAUAUUUUGUAAAGGUACCAAAGCUAAUACUUUUCUAAAAUACUUUAACCAAAGACAAUGGCAGGACCAGCUGAAUAGAUUAGAAAGGUGAAAUGAUUAGAAGUGUAUUUUAGUGUCUGAGUAUUUCAGAUGGGGUUCUAUGCUAUGAUGCUUUGCUUGCAUAUGUGUCAAUUUUUAACAACAUUAAAGGAACACUUUACAGGAAA